AUGGUGCGAAACGCGGGAAAAUCAGGUCGUUACUCGCAUUCGGCCUACGAGAACCUGUGCAUGCUGACGUGUGACGAGGAUGAGCACGUCUUCGGCGCCGAAGGCCCAUCUGGAGACUCCAUAACGAACCCCAUAGCUGAUUCUGAUGAUCGCAACGAUUAUAUUUUUCACGAGGUUAUUAAAAUGGCCCGUCAAAAUAACUGUUCUUCAUUUUGUUAAAUCCGAACUUCCAAGAAAGAAAGUCACAGUAAUAAAGCUCAGAUCAAAGAAUACGCUUCUAAAUCACUUUACGAUUUUUAAAUUCGAGCUUUUUUUCGCAUAAAUUCUCAUUUUGAUAAAGUAAACCUUGUUCUCUUCGAGUAAAGUAAUGGUGAAAAAAGAAGGACAAUGUGAAUUCGCGACAACUCAAGAACUAAUGCGAAAAAAUCCUCUCAGGUGACCCUGAAGAAGGAAGACAGCUUAGGCAAUGGACUCGGCUUCGGAAUCGUGGGUAACCGCACCAGCGGCGUUUUUGUGGCCUACGUUCACCCUUCAUCUACCCAGGUAAACGGAAGUUGCAUUUUCUUUUAUUUUUAGAAAUACUGUAGACUCUUGAGUUAUCAGAUAUUUGCUGUCUAAUGUUUUUCUCUACCCCAUGCCUUUUUUUGCAAAAAAAGACUGACUAGCUUGGAAAUUACUAUACGAGUUCUGGCACACUUCGACUUGCCAUUUCGGCCGUUGAAAACCCAUAGAACCCAACAUCAAUUUCAGUCCCAAGAGGCAUUACUCAGCAUUGAACUCAACGUUUGACCGAUUUCCUUCCUGUUUUUCUUUUUCGAAAUCCGAAUGAAAAAGUGGUCCCUAUAGGGGUUUAGGGUCUGACUCCCAAGCACCCAAAGCUCAAGUGGACCCUAUAGGGGUCUUUCUAUUUCAUUCAAUAAACGCUCAUUUAUUCAGUUUUUUGCAUGGAAAUGCUUCUUCGCUUAGAGUACAUAACAAUUAUCGACUAUCAUGUUCCCUAUGGGGACCACUUCUUCAAGCUUUAGUGGCCCCUAUAGGGUUUGGUUAAGUGGUUCCUCUAAAAGCUCCUAAGGGUGCCCCUAUAGGGACCACUCUGGAGUUCCUAAGAAGAAUUAAAAGCAUCAGAAGUAGUAGACGAGUUUUGAUAGUUUCGAGGACCAGCUGCUUCUGCAUGUAGGAGCAGUACCUAGAAAGUUUAUUUCACCUAAACUCAGGCGCAAAAACUUCUUCCCGGGGACCGAUUAAUGGCUUGCGAGAAGUGUUCUUUGCGGGCAGUCACGGCAGAUCAAGUGAGUUAAAAUUAUUCUUUGAGUGAAAUGUCUGAUAAAGGUUCUGAUAUGUACAUCAAGUGAAUCAUCAAGACUUGGUAAUUGACCUAAGUCAGGGUACUUGAAAACGAUCGCAAAAAUUGCAUAUUCUUCUUUCCAUUCUUCUGAUUCUGUUUUCUUUGUUGACAACUAUUGCACAACAAAAUUUUCAAAACAAUGAAUAAAAUAAAAGGAGAGUGAGAUUGGUAGAAAACGAAAUGACAAAUCGAAAAACACUCAAAAUAUAAUUAAUCUUGAGGCGGCUUGUAUCCUGAGGUACCACAUGCAACAGCACGGAUAUCUUCGGAUAGCUGUGGAAAGGAAAAGGAACGGCGAGAAGUUGAUGUCCGUGCGGAGGAUGCAAGGAAGAUAUGCGGACAGGGUCGGACAGCACGGCGACGAGAAUUGUCCAACCUCUGCUCAAGAACUGACGAAUCCUCACUGGAACCAAAGUUCCAGAUGUUUGGACAAAGUUCUACUGAAAAUGACCUCGUCAAGGUCCGUCGAGGUAUUGCGAACGGAAGUUUUCAAAAAACGGCCUUUUCUCCAAACACGAAAUGCUUUUCUGAGCUAUGUACCGCUGGAAACAGCUAACACGCAGUUCACAGUGUGCCCUCAUUGCAACUCGCGAACCCGACUCGUAAGUCGUACCCAUCUCUUUUCUAACAAAAAAUAGAAUUUUCAGCUAUACUUACACCAGUUCUCCCAUGGUCUCUUCAACUCGACUCUACGGUUACUCACAUUAUCUCGCUCUGCCUACUCUCUUCUAUGAAUUUUGA